AUGGAGAGCUUCGACGACGUAGCUCUUAUCGGUGUUGCAGACACGGGGGUACAUGAAGAACCCCUUCACUCUAACCAUGACACCAAAACAAGGAAGCCCGAUGUGGAAUCGGGUGGCUCGGGCACCCCCACAUCCAGUCAAUCCAUAAAUGCAGGUCGCGCCCCGGUCGAGGGAAAUGUCCCUGAGAUCACUGAGGAUUCGACAGUUACUGCCGAGUUUCCACUAGAGGAAGAGGAUGACGAACCUCGUGUUGCCACAUCAUUUGAGCGCGAGUCAUCUCCUUCGUCGGCACAGAAGCACCGGUCCGGUAUGGAUGGCGAAGAUGAGGGUAUCAACCGCAUGCACAAGUUUACAGUGUACGAAACUGCAAUCAGGUUUUAUGUGGUUGGUAUUAACUUGUCCGAGACACGUUUUCGCAUUUUGAAGAUUGACCGAACCUCCGAAUCGGGCGAGUUGAACAUCAUCGAGGAUGAUAUGGUCUACACAAAGAGAGAAAUGGUUCAGCUUCUUGAUGCCAUAGAUGAUGGAAAUAAGAGUACCGGUGGCCUGGUUCAAAAAUGCAGUGCGUGGGCUUUGAUAGGUUUUAUUUGUUUUACGGGGGAAUACUACAUGCUCCUCGUCACGAAGAGGAGUCAAGCGGCCAUUUUGGGUGGCCACAAUGUUUACCAGAUCGAUGAAACAGAACUCAUCUCCUUGACCACAUCGGAGUUGUCCCGCGUGAAGCCAGAGAAGCAAUCGGAGGAAGAAAGAUACAAAGCGAUUCUGAACAAUCUUGAUCUUACUCGCUCGUUUUACUUCAGCUACUCUUAUGACAUCACAAGGUCUUUGCAGCACAACAUCUGUCGGGAGCGCAAGGCUCACCAGGAUGGCCUGCCUCGCUUUUUGCCAGGGGAUUUCAAUACUAUGUUUGUAUGGAAUCACCACCUGCUCACGCCAGCGAUUGAAACUCUUAAGAAUCCUUAUCAAUGGUGCCUUCCGAUCAUCCAUGGGUAUGUCGACCAGUCGAAAAUGAGUGUCUUUGGGCGCUUGGUCUACAUAUCAAUCAUUGCACGACGGUCAAGAUUCUUUGCGGGUGCACGAUUUUUGAAGCGCGGCGCCAAUGAUCUCGGAUAUGUAGCGAAUGACGUCGAAACCGAACAGAUUGUUUCAGAACAAACCACGACCUCAUUUCAUUCUGCUGGACCGACUCUUUAUGGAAACCCCAAUUAUACAUCAUAUGUUCAACAUAGGGGCAGCAUUCCUCUCUACUGGACUCAAGAAAACACGGGUGUUUCACCCAAGCCUGAUAUUGAGCUCAAUUUAGUGGACCCCUUCUACUCCGCGGCGGCGUUGCAUUUUGAUAAUCUUUUUGAAAGAUACGGGGCACCGAUCUACAUAUUGAACCUGGUCAAAGCACGGGAAAGAACUCCAAGAGAGUCUAAGCUUCUGAAAGAGUUCACGAACGCGGUGGAAUACCUUAACCAGUUUCUCCCCGCCGAUAAGAAACUGAUAUACAAGGCAUGGGAUAUGAGUCGCGCUGCGAAGAGCCGAGAUCAAGAUGUCAUACAAACUUUGGAAGGAAUCGCCGGCGAUAUACUACCCAAAACGAGCUUUUUCAUCAAUGGAGCAGACCUGGAGUCAGGCUUACAACUUCAAAAUGGCGUGGCGCGAACCAAUUGCAUUGAUUGCUUGGAUCGAACGAAUGCGGCGCAGUUUGUAAUUGGCAAGCGGGCUCUCGGCUACCAGCUCCACGCUCUUGGUGUCAUUGAUGAGACAAGCGUGGAGUAUGACACAGAUGCUGUCAAUCUAUUUACGAAUAUGUGGCAUGAUCACGGAGAUACAAUCGCCAUACAGUAUGGAGGAUCUCAUCUUGUCAACACAAUGGCCACAUACCGCAAAAUAAACCAGUGGAGUAGUCAUUCUCGCGAUAUGGUUGAGAGCUUCAAGCGUUACUACAAUAAUUCUUUCCUCGAUGCUCAGCGUCAAGAAGCAUAUAACCUUUUCCUUGGCAAUUACAUCUUCGCGCAAGGAGCUCCGAUGCUUUGGGACCUCUCCACCGACUAUUACCUCCAUCAUGCAGACCCAAGAGCAUAUUUGGAGAAGAAACGUCCCAACUACAUCUCCUGGUACACACCAGAGAAUUUGAAAGAGCGAGAGAUCCCCCCUCCACCAGCCUGCCCGAAAGAGCCGCUUUCUCGCUUCGAUGACUACUGGCUAGAAUAUUACCGUCCACUCGCUCUCUCAACGCUUUCCAAGGUUUACUCAUACAAGAUGAAUUCUACCCUUCGUUACCUACCUCCUUUCCGUGGGGGACAAACUCCUCCAGACCUCAGUCCAUUCGUACCUCGCAUACCACCCGAUCAAGUCCAACGCGAUCGUCCACCUCCACGAAGCGUGAAGAUUCAAGAACCACUCAAUCGCUCUAUAACCUCCACACCUCCACCAGAGUCGAGCUCAAGCUGGACCAGACAACCGCCAUCCUCAUUGAAGCAGCCACCUCCAGCCGGAAUCAUCAAAGAGCCUGCUUUUGAACUGUUUCAGGGAAAUACGCGUAUCCCACCUAUUAACGCGACUUCAACGACUCCAAGCAAAGCGCAGAUCGCUCAAUGGACUCUCGGUCAAUUGGUCACCGAUUCCCUGAACCCAUCUGUCACGGCAACAGAAGCUGAGGAAUACGAAAGAUACAUCAACCAUCCGCUCAAGGUGCCGCUUGUCGUGACCUCUGAAGAUGAAGUGACUGCUGCUUCACUUGGUGAAGAUAAGCCAAAUCUUGAUCUGCUGGAGUACGCGAACAAGUGUAAUGUUGAGGACGGGGUGCUUAAAAGCAACGCGGAGGAAAACAUGGCGGAUUAUGCGGAAUUUCUUAGAGUCUCGGAUGAGGGUCUCACUGUUAUGAGCGAGGAUUAUGAGAAGAAGAGAUACAAGCGGUACAGACAGUGGUUACGAGGGAAGAGUCUUUUCAAGCAACGUGUCGAUAUGUGA